AUGCCACGUUGUUUGAUGGCAAAAAAAUGGAAAGCCUAUCCUUGGGCAGACCGAGGUGACCCUCAAAUAAUAGAAACGGAACAACAGCAACAACAACAACAACAAUUACAAAAUAGAAAUGAAGAAGAAGAAGAAGAAAUUGAUGUUGUCGGUGAUACGAACGUUUGUAACACGUCUCCAACCUGUUGGGCCCCAAUUCCAGGACCUAAUAAUUGGGGACCCUCAAGUCCGACGGCAGGAGCAACAGCACCGAGUCCACCACCGGCACAAAGCGGUGUUGACAUAGCAAGUCGUAUGGCUGUCCUUUACAAUGAAAACAAUAAUUCACCACUUUUGAAAAGUUGUUCCGCACGUUUUGCUGCCCCUUUGAUAGGAUAG